CACAGAGCUCCGGUGACUGAUUCCCCACCACACACCACACACACCACACACUACACACUCGCUCCCCGACGCUUCUGGAUGUAAUUUGUUUCUUUGUGUGUUUAAAAAGCCAAAUGUGGCUGAUUUAAGGUCCGAAUGUGAUUCUGUGUUUGUUCUGUGUGUCUGUCGGUCUGUCGGUCUGUCGGUGUUCUUUAGAACUGCAAGUCCGUUAUUAUCAGUGAAAAGUGAACCGCUCUGAAUCUCCUCAUUUAUCUCCACAAACAUGGUUUAUGUCAGCGGUACAAACACAAACGGCGAAUAACGAACAACUCGAACAGAGACAAAGACAAACUUCAUCAUCGGUGUGAAAAUAUCGGUUUAUGAUGAGAACCAGUGGCGUUUUACCUGCCAGGAGACAUGCAGCUGUUUGUGUUAUACUGGCGAGUCUCUCUGCAGUAGCGAUGGCUUGUAACAGCUAUUAUGAGGAUGCUAUCAAGGAGUUGUGCCUGGCUAAGUUCAAGGAGGACAUGGAAGCUCUGGACCAGGGCCAUUGGUGCAGCUGGGAGGACACAGUAGAGUCCUAUGGAGAGCUGACAAACUGUACUUUCCUGGUGGCCUGGAAGAUGAACUGUUUCUGGCCCAAUAGGCUUGUGGACGAGUUCUUCAUCAGUGUGCACAGACACUACUUCCAUAACUGCUCGCCCACAGGACGCCUGCCUCACGAUCCACCCAACAGGAUCUUAGGGCCCUUCAUCAUAGUGCCCAUUGUGGUCACUCUGCUCAUGACAGCCCUGGUGGUGUGGAGGAGUAAACGCAAUGAAGGCAUUGUGUAACACAUCAUCCUGCUCCGCUGACCCUCUAAAGCACCGAGGCUCAAGUUACCGAAACCCAGAGAACACGUACCAUGCUGCUGAAACAGGGAGAUGUUCAACUAUUGACUUGUAGCUCAACAAAUAGCUAAAGAACGGAGCAGCCUGCUGUCUACACACACACACACACACACACACACACACACACACACACACACACACAAAUGACCUGAAAAAAACUUUAAAAUAUUUAAUAUACAGACAAACCUUCAUUACAUAGACUUCCGUCGUAUAUCUUCACGGCCCUGGAUGAUCUUGAUGAUGAUGAUGAUGAUCCUUUUCAUCACAGCACCUCGACAAGCAGAGCCGACCUGCUGAAUAAACCUAACUCAUGAACAGAUAAACCACAGAUAGAAGUAGAUCACUGUUCUUAUCAUUAUCUGUGAACACUGGACUCCACAGCUUUCUCUUUUUUCUUCGCCCUUCAAUCGUUCUCAUGCUGUGCAUCGUGUCAAAUCCUGAUAAUAUUUAGUUUAGCUGAUCGGAUGAAUGGGUCGAUUUUCCAAAAGGAACGAACCACAUGAAUUAUUAUUAUUAUCAUACUGUUUCGAUGGCAGUGAAUUUUUGAUUUUAUUGACGAAUAAACAUUUGAGGUGAAGUCUUAAAAUUCCCGGGGUCUCAUUACACAAGGCAUGUUGGAUGUAAAGGAUGCUGAAUGUUUGUUUGGAGUAAAGUUUGUAAAGCUGGAGAAAACCGUCGUUAUCCUGAUGGCUGAACAUCUUGAACCGAACAUGUGGAGGUUUUAAAAGGAUGUAUUUUAGCUUAGUGUUUCUGCAGUAGAGAAUUUGCUCUUGUUGCUGGAAGGCGUUGAGCUUUAAUCCCAGGAGUCUAACCCCAGAGCAAGACACUUACUGUAGCAUGCAGCUGAAUGCUUUGCUUGUAUUUUGCCCCAAUUGUAAAUCACUUUGGAUAUGAAAGUGUAAGAAAAGUUUAUAGUAGACAGUUAGUCUGUAAAUAAGGUUGUAAUUAUAAGCCAUUUAAGAAGCUCCUGAGUUCACAACAGCACCACAGUAGAGGGCUGCAUUGGGAUUGGGCUCCCGCGGGACCCAACGCAAAUCUCGCGGGAGCGGGCGGUUUCACCUUUGCCCCGGUGGCGUGUAGCCUAAUAAUAAGAAUGGUGUCAACACGUGACAUUGAGAAGAAGAUUAAAGCAGCUGUUUGCUUGACAAAAGCAAAGCAAGGCAAGUGAGACAUCUGGACACAAUUCUCAAUUGUCACUGAAAAAAAUGGGAAACUUCGUAAGUUGCAAUAAAUGUGAAAAUGUGUUAAUUUACAACGGACAUAAAUCUGGCACGUCUGGCCUCAGGCGACAAACCUGCACAGUUCUCAUUGGUCAAAGCAAGCUCUCAUUCUCCAAAAAUGUGUCGCACUUUGCUGUAAAGAUAUUAGACCGUAUGACAUUGUUGCCGGGAAUGGCUUUGUUGACAUAGUUCGGCACCUUGUUAACGUAGCCGAUAAAUUUGGUACAUUUGAUGUGAGAGAUGCGCUGCCACAUCCAACCACCGUGUCUCGACAUAUUGAGGAAAAAGCACAGUUGUUAACAGUUAAUCAUUUGGUCUGUGUAUCAUGCAGUACGUUUAAAAAAUGAGGUGCCGCUAGUU